AUGGCACCGUUCGCAGCAGUAUCAGACGUGGAAAAAGCAUUCCUGCAAGCUCAUCUUCAUAAACUUGAUCGCGAUGCCACAAGAUCCAUGAUACCUAACGAAGAAAAUGUUACAAAAAGACUCGUUGCUCGCCACAUUGCCUCUGUAUACGAUCCUUUGGGCUGGUUGGUUCCGCUUAUGCAUGCGUUGUACAAAGCUCUACGAGGAUCAGCGGUGAGCACCAAAGAUCAUAUGAGCACCAUCUUAAAGGAAGAGGAAGCCUCAAUACGACCUAUUGGCUUCUAUCAAAACGAACUGGAGAUAACAUUUUCUUUGGAUGAAUCAACCAUGAUAGCAGAGUUAGAUGCUGAGUAUUUACCACCAGAUGAAAGGAGAGCCUUGCAAACGCGUCAGCAGGCCGAGGAAGCUAUCAGGUCGUCAUGUAAAAUCACAGGGCGAUUCUGGAAAUUAUGGCAAGAGCAAUACUUGACUAGUCUUCGAGAAACGUCAAGGACACAUCAAGGAAACGACUAG